AUCUAAACGAGAAGCUUUGUGAUAUCAUAGCGUCGCACCGUUUUCGGGAAAACUGCACUAGAAUUCGUUGCAGCAGUUUCAAUCUCGAAAAAGCUCUUCUUGAAACAUAGGAAAGGCAAUAACUCCUAGUGCCAGUGGACGAACUAGCAGUAUAAUCCGAUGGUAUCGCCAGAGGAUUUACUUAUAAACGGCUUCCUUACCACCAUCGUCGUCGCGCUUGUACACAAUGGAAAGUGGCUCGUCUAUGGAUGUGAUAUCAAUUGUCGCUCUUGCGCUGGAGGGUGUCCUGUAUGGUCUUUCGCUCUUGAUGUUCUUAGCCACGGUAUACGUUCUGAUUAAACGACGAUGCCGGGAUGUCGAGAGCAGGGGCAUUAACGCGAAAAUGAUGGUCACAGCCUGUGCCUUCUGCGCAUUAAGUACAGCACAUAUGAUAAUCGACGUACAUCAUGUACUCUCUGGCUUCGUAUACAAGGAUGACUUGUUUGAAGGAGGUCCAGCGGCAUAUUUCUCAGAUGUCAGCGAAGCGGGGUUCCUUCUCAAGAUCUCAAUUUACUCGGUGCAGACCGCUCUAGCUGAUGCGAUAGUGAUAUAUCGUUGUUAUAUUGUCUGGGGAUCACUCUGGGCUAUUCUCGUUCCCAGUAUAGGCUGGAGUUCAUUCGUAGCAUGUGCAGUCGGAACUGUGUAUAAUUGCUCUCUUAGCCACCAACAAGGCGUAUUUGGACAUGAGAUCGAGCAUUGGAUGCAAGUUUUCUUCGUGUCGACUUUAGCUACAAAUAUUGCUGCGACGGGUCUACUCGGCUAUCGCAUUUGGUCAAUUGACCGACAUAUCGUCUCUCAGAGGCAUGGAAGAGGCAUCCUUAUGCCCUCGCUAUUGAUCAUCAUCGAUGCCGGUAUAUUAUAUUCUGCAUCUCUAAUUGCCGCUAUAGGGUGCUACGCCGCAGAGACUAACGGUCUUUUCAUUGUCCUGGACUUGAUAUCACCGAUCAUCAGCGUUGCUUUCUAUAUGAUUAUAAUCCGCAUUGGCAUGGCGGCUGCUGGCCAGGUGAGCGCGAACAAGGUCACACGUCGUAGUACUGGCGUUCAGCGUUCUCCGUCUCCCUGGCGUAAAGACGACAUCGCGAUGAAGCCACUGCAAGUACGCAUCACGCAGUUUCACGAGAGCCAUAUCGAUAACGGUGAAGGAGAUGUAAAAGAUUUAGAGACAGAGUAUCCCUAUUCGGAAUCUGACUGGACUACUAUACCCGUCUAGAUUCCGGUUGGUUAAUGGCUUUUAUUCUUAUCCGUAUAUACUACUGAAUUUCUGAAACUAAGUCCGAAAUACCUUCAAACCUAGGCUUGAUGUCAACGUUAAACGGCAAUGGAUGGACAUUGGCUGUUUG